UCCUCUUGCGAUUGGACGCAAGCGGAGUUUAGGGCAGGUGAUGGGUUGUACCUGUCCACCUUAAAAGCAGGUGAUCUGCAGGGUUGUCGGUGCCUUCUCCGCUCACCUGUUCAGCCGCACUCCAGCUCGCUGUCUCAAGCUUCAGCUUCAACAUGUCCAAACCAGGUAACUACAGCAGCCAGUCGUACUCCCCCAGCGACAAGAAACCGAUCAAGAGCGUCCCGACCGACAACAAAAUCGAUUCAUCGGGAAAAUCCAAAGAGAGGGAUGAAUUGAUUGGACUUAAUGACAAGUUCGUCGCGCUGAUUGACAAGGUGAGAAACUUGGAGGCUGAGAAAAAGAAACUUGAAACAAAACUGAAGAUCCUCAAGGAGCAGGAGGACUACAAUGGGAAAAUCGAGGAUCUUGUGAAGCAGCUGGAGAAUGAGCUGGAGCUGCAGAUCGAUAGUUUGAAAAAUGACCGUGAAAAACUGGAGAAUGAGCUGCAGGAUACUCAGCGUGAUGUAGAUGAUACCAAGAACAGGUAUGAAGACAAGGUGCAGAAGAGAAAUGAUCUGGAGAAUGACUUUAUUGUCACCAAAAAGGAAGUAGAUGAAGGUCACUUGGCGGCAGUAAAUCUGGCUGUGGAGCUCGAGGACCUGAUGAGAACGCUGGCCUUCCUCAGGAUUGGCUAUGAUGAGGAGAUCAAGGAGCUGGAGUCACGCAUCCAGAACAAGACAGUGGUCAUAAAUGUCGGCAGUACACGCCCUUUUGAAAUGGACCAGAUCAUCAAGGCCGUUGAGUGUCAGUAUGCUAACAUGGCUGCCCGCACCAGGGAGGAAGCUGAGCACUGGAACCAGAGAAAGAUUGAAUCCCUGGUCCAAACUGCGGGACAGCGUGAGCAGGAAGUGCGUGACGUAAGGAGGGAGAUUUCAGACUUGCUUCGUCUCAUCCAGAAGCUUAAUGGAGACCUGGAGGCUUUAAAAAGGAAGGAAGAUGCCCUGAUGAAGGACAUUGAUGACGUUAGAAAAGAGGGUGAAGACAGUCUCAGCAAUGCCCGGGAGCAUAUCACCCUGCUGGAAGAGGCCUUGAGACGAGCCAGGCAGGACUUGGCUUCACUGGUCCGUGAUCACCAAGAGUUGCUGAACAUCAAGCUGGCCAUGGACAUCGAGAUAGCCACCUACCGCAAGCUGCUGGAGGGCGAGGAGCAGAGAAUGAACGACCUCCUGCGCCAGCUCGACGUUCACCUGCCGUUGAUGCGACACGUGCCAGACAAAACAAAAGCCGCAGAACCGACCCCUGUCCCAGAUACCACACCCAUCAUUACCCCGGACACUACCACAAUCCCACCAGUGUACCCCGCCACCAGGAAGCGCCUGCUGAUCCGGUUGGAAGUAGAAGGCGGCAAACUUGUGUCUGAAAGUUACCAGUACACUGACUGAUCAACUGGGACCGUCCAUCAUGCCUCUGUCUGCUGCACUGCAGCUUUACAGUGUGUCACCUUAACCAUGCAGGGUCACAGUGGGGCUUUUAGCCUUCCCAGCUGAUAUAAUGCCAGAGGCAGGAUGCAUCCUGGACUGGUCCAAUCCAUCACAGGCCUAUAUCCGCAAAAUGUGAAUCCAUCCAAAUGAAAAUGUGAAAUGAAUUCAACUUAAAUUAAAUUUAUUUAAAUUAAAUAUCCUGAUUUUUUUUUUUAAUAUGAUCAAUUGCUCUUGUUUUGUGUGCUUUCUGGAAGCGUGAACAGUAACAGCAGCUUCACGGCAGGUUGAACGUUUACCUACAAUGUGCGCCUGAAUUUGUUCAUGUCAAGCAGUGUUUCUGAAAAAUCUUUUUUUAUCUUUGUUUGCAUUUGUAAAGACUUGCUGUGUUCCAGUAGAUUUUUUUGCUGUUGUUCUGUUUCUCUCGAACAUUUAUGACCUUAAUAGGAAUGGGGCAUCUCUCUGUUGUAAAGCCUGUCUAACACUGCAAAGGUUUCUCAGCGACAACAGCAGUAAAAUAAGGAACUUGGAGGUUGAAAGGUGUGAUAAAAGAUGUACACACACGUAUUGUUUCUUAAAGUCACAAGGGUUUUUGGAAUAACUUUUCAUGGUCUGAACUUAAAAAAAAAAAAACUCAAACUGUUUCAAUGGUGCUGUGUGCUCUGCAUCUUUAUACAAUGCUGCAAAUGGAUUUUGUUUUUUUCUUAAGUGUGUCUGGAACUUCUUACCUCAGCUAUGCCAAAGUGAUAGCAUGAAAUGAGAUUACAGAGUUUAUUCUUUGGGUGAAAGUGUGCAAUGCAAUACCAAUAAAAUAA